UAGCUACAUGCUGGAGUAGCCACACCGUCCUCUACUUUUCGCAACGUGCAUACCAGUCGUUGGUAGUGCUAGUAGUAGUGCUGCCCAACAAUGGCGGGAGGGGCACUGCUUCCUGUUGCCUUGCUGGUGUGCCUUGCGCUGGCCGGCGGCGCGGAUGCUGCCCGGAAGCCGGUCGGUUUCUACGAGCUCAAGAACAAGAAGGGGGACUUCUCCAUCAAGGUCACCAACUGGGGAGCCACCCUCGUCUCUGUCUUUGUCCCUGACUGCAAAGGAAACGUGGCCGAUGUUAUCCUUGGGUACGAUACCAUCGCCGAAUACGUUAAUGGCACUCAAGCAUUCGGAUCGACGGUUGGGCGCGUGGCCAACAGAAUCUUCAAGUCCCGCUUCGUGCUCGACGGGAAAGCCUACCGUCUUUUCCCUAACGACGGCAACAACUCCAUCCACGGCGGCCACAGGGGUUUCGGCAAGGUCAUUUGGACGGUGAAAGAGUACGUGAGCGGUGGCGACUCCCCGUACAUCACCUUCUUCUACCACAGCUUCGACGGAGAGCAAGGGUUCCCGGGCGACCUGGACGUGUACGCGACGUACCGGCUCUCCAGCCCGUACGAGCUGAGCAUCAGCAUGAACGCGACGGCCACGACCAAGGCGACGCCGGUGAACCUCGCGAACCACGCGUACUGGAACCUCGCCGGCCAUGACAGCGGCGACGUCCUCCAGCAGGAGCUCCAGAUCCUCGCGUCGAGCUACACGACCGUCGACGCCAUGAUCCCGACGGGCCAGAUCGAGCCCGUGGCCGGCACCAUCUACGACUUCCUGCAGCCGACGCCCGUCGGCGAGCACAUGGACAUCGUCCCGGGCGGCGGCGGCGGGUACGACCUCAACUUCGUCGUGAACGGGGAGCAGGACGCGUUCCGGCAGGUGGCGCGCGUCGAGGAUCCCAAGUCCGGCCGGGGCAUGGAGGUGUGGGCUAACCAACCCGGCGUGCAGCUCUACACCUCCAACUGGGUCAUCAACGAGAAGGGGAAAAACGGCAAGGUUUACGGGCAGUACGGCGCGCUGUGCCUGGAGACGCAGGCAUACCCUGACGCCGUGAACCACCCCGAGUUCCCGUCGUCGAUCGUCAGGCCCGGCCAGGUGUACAAGCACGACAUGGCCAUCAAGUUCUACCAGGACGCAUGAUUGACUUCAUAGAUCCGUCAUUUUCUUUUGAGCGGACGAUUCGUCUGUUCUUGUUGAAUGUGUCGUAGCAUGUUGUUAGCUUUGGGAAGUGACAAGGUCAAUGGGCCAAAUCAAAAUGUGGCAAUGGCCCCAGGAGGUUGCUGUAAUUUGACCGCGAAAUAAGAACAUCUAGAACUGUGUUGUCACAAAGAUUU